AUGUUCAGAGCUUCCGAUAUCUCACCUGUUGACUUGAGUGAUAUUGACGUUACCUUCGACUCUAUUCGAGGCUGUGAUGAAGCAAAGAAGGAACUUGAAGAAAUUGUCGAGUUUCUCAAAGACCCUGAAAAGUUUCAUUCUUUGGGAGGCCGCCUUCCAAGAGGUGCUCUUUUGGUCGGCCCCCCUGGGUGUGGAAAGACAAUGCUCGCAAAGGCCAUUGCAAAAGAAGCGGGGGUGAGUUUUUUCUACGCCACAGGAAGUGAAUUUGAUGAGAUGUUUGUUGGUGUUGGUUCACGUCGCGUCCGAGAUUUGUUUGGAGCCGCGAAAGCACACUCCCCAGCACUUAUUUUUAUUGAUGAAAUCGAUGCAUUAGGCGGUAAGCGAUCGCGAAGCGAUCACGCGUACUCACGCAUGACAUUGAACCAGCUUCUGGCAGAGAUGGACGGAUUUAGUUCGAAAGAAUCCGUUAUUGUUCUUGCAGCUACGAACACUCCAGACGCCUUGGAUAAAGCCCUAACCCGUCCUGGUCGUUUUGACACAACAGUAUCUGUGGAUCCUCCAGACAUGAAGGGACGCGCAGAAGUACUUCAAGUCUAUCUAGACAAGGUGAAAACGGAUUCUUCUGUUAAAGCACAGGAUAUCGCUCGAGGAACUACGGGUUUUACCGGAGCUGAACUAAGCAACUUGGUCAACAUUUCAGCAAUUCGAGCUGCGAUACUCAACAAAAAUGCCAUAACAAUGGAGGAUGUUGAAUAUGCAAGGGAUCGGGUUAUGAUGGGUGCGGAAAGCAAUAAGGUUGUCCCUGAGGAGGAGCGACGGGUGACAGCGUAUCAUGAAGGUGGCCAUGCUUUGGCAGCACUUCUUCUGGAAAGUGAGGGCGCAGAUCCUGUACAUAAGGCAACUAUCGUCCCUCGAGGCAAUGGCAUCAUGGGACUUGUGCAACAGUUGCCUAAGAAGGAUAAGUACAGCCAAAGUAAAAGGCAGUGUUUGGCUCGAUUGAAGGUUUGCCUUGCAGGUAGGGUAGGGGAAGAGAUCUUGCUAGGAGUGCGUGAUGUAACCACAGGAGCUAGCUCAGAUUUUCACCAGGCGACACAGAUGGCGCGUAAUAUGGUAAGACGCUUUGGCUUUAGCGAUGAACUGGGGUUUGUUGACUAUGAGUCUUUGGAUACACCAGAAGGUGCAUAUAUGUCGGACGAAACAAAACGAAGGAUAGAAAAGGAGGUUUCUUCACUUUUGCAAGAGUCGUAUAAGGAAAUCAGGGAGAUGCUACUCAGUCAUCGUCAGGAGCUUGAUUCCAUGGCGCAACACCUUCUACAACACGAAACUCUAUCAGGUGAUGAACUUAAAAAAAUUUUAAAUGGUGAGAUGCUACCGGCCAAGGUCAAGCAAGAGAACGUACAGCCCCCACCCCCGCAGAGACCACCAAAAGGUUCAGACGCAAUAAAAGGAGGACGCCGCCCCGUGACAAUAUCUUAG